UUGUAAAGAACGAGUUGUUGUUGAACAAGUUUCCUGCGCAUAUAAGGGGUCCAUAUGUUUUGCUGUUGUAACGGCAAACUAAAACACAAGUCAUCAUCGUUUGCUUCACUUUGUCACCCCCGUCAGCUUCAAUUCCACUACGUAAAGAUGUUUUUGACUCGAAGUGAAUAUGAUCGAGGUGUGAAUACCUUUUCACCAGAGGGCCGUUUAUUCCAAGUCGAAUAUGCCAUUGAAGCUAUCAAAUUAGGCUCCACGGCUAUUGGUAUCCAGACAAGUGAAGGGGUUGUGCUUGCUGUAGAGAAGAGAAUUACUUCACCGCUGAUGAUACCAAGUACUAUUGAGAAAAUUGUAGAAAUUGAUAGUCAUAUUGGAUGUGCAGUUUCUGGCCUAGUUGCAGAUUCUCGUACCUUAGUAGAUCAUGCUCGUGUGGAAUGUGCGAAUCAUUGGUUUGUCUACAACGAAAACAUGAAAGUAGAGUCUGUAGCACAGGCUGUAUCAAAUCUUGCCAUUCGUUUUGGUGACUCCGAUGAUGAUGGACCAGCCAUGAGUCGACCCUUUGGUGUUGCAAUGCUCUUUGCUGGUUUAGAUAAAGCUGGAGCUCAAUUGUAUCACAUGGAUCCCUCCGGCACAUUCCUCCAGUUUGGUGCAAAAGCCAUUGGAUCUGGAUCUGAGGGUGCACAACAGUCACUGCAAGAAUCUUAUCAUAAGGUUAGUUUUUGCCAAUCAGUGCAGGUAGUACCAUGUUUUUUAACAGCAUGGGUUGAAAGUUAUCUGCUACUUUUUACAAAAAUUUAGGACUCAAACAUGAAA